CCAGCUCAUGUAAAAUAAUGAGUCAUUAUUUUUACGAAACCUGCAUACGGUUACUCAUUACAAACUUAGUCAGACUACAGUUACGGUAGUAAGCCAACGUGCAAUCAGUGUGUUUAGCUAAAUUAAAGUGUUCGUAAGAAAAUGGAGUUCAAAGUUAGCUUGAUCUUCCCCGUACUCCUGAUUUGUCUUGUACACAUUGCCAGUAGUUUUCCAAAACCAAAAGAAAGCAAUUUGGCCAAACAUGACGAAAUUGUUGAAAUCAAUGAUACUGUUAUUAAAAAAAUACAAGAUACGCUAGCAUUGGAGACUGCAAAGGUUAAUGAAAAGGCGAUUUCCGAUAUUCCUGGUAGAGUAAGAUGUCACAAUGCAAGCGAAGACCCGAUGGACGAUGAAGACUGCCAGCGCCAUUGUAUUCCCAAGGGAUACACGUACGGCCUUUGUUUCAACAACGUAUGUAGCUGCGCGUAGAAACUUCUAGAAUUAUUUAUUUUAUAAUUACUUAAUUCAAAUAAAGAAUGAUGACUUACAAUAAUAAAAAAAAAACAAUUUAUUUUCUC